AUGCUAAUCGGUAUAUCAGGUACAUUAGGGGCUGGUAAAACAGAGGUGGCUCGCUAUCUUACUUUUCAAGGCUUCAAAUUCAUUGAUUACAAGAGAGAAUAUAAUUCCAUACCCAAUGUCAAAGAUUUAAAAUUACAAGAUUCAGAUAGUGAAUUGAAACCUGAAAUAUUAUUUGAAAAUUUACAGGAACUUAUAGACUAUGUCACUAGAAACUGGCUGUCAAAUUUUGUGCUAACAGACAUUUCAACCGUGCUAGAAUUGGAACAACUAACCAAAAGACCAUUUUUCUUACAUAUAUCAAUUGAUGCACCAUUGAAAAGUAGAUGGGAAAGACAUAGAUUGAACAAUCCUAACUCAUCGUUUACGGAAUUCAUUGAAAUCUCUGAUGAACAAACAUACAAUAGAGAUGCCUUAAUUGUUGAGGUCAUCUCAAAAGCUUCAAUUAAAAUUAUCAAUACCUCCACUGUUGUCGAGAAUCUUUAUGUUCAACUUUCCAAAUUAAAUUUAUUAGAUCAAACACGUCUUCGUCCAUCUUGGGAUGCUUAUUUCAUGAGACUUGCUGAUCUUGCUGCCUUGAGAAGUAACUGUAUGAAAAGAAGAGUUGGGUGUGUGAUCGCUCGUGAUAAAAGAGUUAUUGCAACUGGUUACAAUGGAACUCCAAGACAUAUGACAAAUUGUAAUGAAGGUGGGUGUUCAAGAUGUAAUAGCGGUAAUGGAUCUGGUGCUGCCUUAUCGACCUGUUUAUGUCUUCAUGGUGAAGAGAAUGCAUUGCUAGAAAGCGGAAGAGAUAGAAUCGGUGACAAUGCUAUAUUGUACUGUAAUACUUGUCCAUGCUUGACCUGUUCUGUUAAAAUUGUACAAAGUGGUAUCAAAGAAGUUGUUUAUUCGUUGGAUUAUAGUAUGGACGACUCCUCUUCAAGGGUUUUAAAAGAAGGUGGUGUGCUUUUAAGACAGUAUACACCACCAAUUGAUGGUACAUUAGUUUAA